UCAUUUUUAUCAGCGUCAUACCAGAAAUUGAGAUGCAUUGUCGUCGUGGAGAGCCGUGUGACCCUUAAACGAAUCGCAUACAAUUAAAUAGUUUGGCAUCACAAAAUAGACCAAAAAUAACGCAAAACGCGAUCGCGCACACACCAAAUUAAUGCGUCCAAUUGUCAACCGCGUGUGUGUUGCGGCAAUUGUUAUUCAAAUGCUUUCUGUUGUGCUCUUUCAAGAUGACUGACGAGAUUAUAAUUGUUAAUAGUAAUUUACAUGAGUCAAAUAGCACCAACACCACUAUGACAUCGUCGUUGUCGUCGUUGUUGCCGUCGUCGUCGUCGUCGUUGUCGCCGCCGCUAUCGACAGAACCACACCAAGCAACAAUUAAUAAGAAUAACAGCAACACCGUUGAACAACUGCUGCGGCUGCAUGACUCUCCGUCGCAAGUCGUCGAAAAAUUUAUUAAAACUCAAAAUAACAUCAGUAAUAAAGAUGAUGUCGAAGCAGCAGUAUCGGACACUAGUUGCUACAAUUGUACACUAAACGCCAAUAAAAAUAAUAGUCAAAAGUUGUUAAUAGAUAGCUCACAUCAAUUAUUGCCUUCGCAACUAGCGGUGCUGCCGUUACAGCAACAACGAUCGAAUUUUGCCGUAAAUUUACAUGCGUAUCAGUCGAGUGGCAGCGCCACCAGCAAUAACUGCAUUAAACGAGAUUUAUCGUCAAAUACCGACAAAUCAGCGGAAAAUCAAUUAUUUUUGCCGUACGAAAAGUGUCUGGGCCACGCGAAGCACAAGUGUCACAGCACGGGCUGCAAAAAGUUGAUCAGUCUCCACAAGUCCCGCUCAAAAUCCGACACUUGCUUGAACAAAAACACCAAAAAUCAGCAUUGGCACACAUUCACCAAAAAAACCACAUCGAGCAACGAUCACAUUGCUGAGGACGACGGGACCCUUACGUCACCACUGAAUGUCCGUUCCGAUGACAUCAACGACCCUUUUAUAGUUUGUCUCAAGGAAAAAUCUCAAUAUUUCUACGAUUCGCUUGUCGCGCACGAUCAAACCAGGACAAAGUCACACAAAUUCCCAUUUAAGAAAUCGACGUCUGUGGAACACCUGCCCGUUGACAAGUUGCAGUAUGCGUCCGACAUCGUGAACAGCGGUGGAAAUUCGCAUUUUUACAAAGGUCCAGAGACAUUUAACAAGAAACCAGUCGCAAGCAACGGCAACGGCGCCAAGAGUAAACAACAUUACCCGAGAGUACAGCAGUACGGUAGAAAAGUCAGUGGCAUCGGUAGUCCCUUUGAGAAGAAGGAAAAUAUCGAAGAAGAAGAGGAGGAGCAGCAAGACGACGACGCGUUACGAUUUAUUUGCGAAAGUGGCAUUUUGGGAUCACCCGUCGAGAUAAUGGGCAAUGCAAUUUCGGGCAUUUUUCGCAAGCAGUCAAAGGUGACGACGUCUUUUCAGGAACCGGUUAACAAAGAACAGAUCCGCAAAAAUUCGCUAGUAUUAAUGAAACAAAUCAGUGAUAUGCGCCGCAAAUCAUUAACAGAAGACUAUGAAUAUUUACGCAACACUGCAGUGCCGAACCUGAAACGGGAAUUAAGCGAAUAUGAAAUUAAGGUGGCCACGUACGAGGACGAGGUGGUCCAGCUACGGAACAUCAUCAAAGCACGCGACGACGAAAUUCUCAAACUCAAAACAGAGAUUCACAAGUUGAAGCUUGUCUCCCACUUGCCUCUUUCCUCCACACAGAGUGUCCUGCAACAGACGUCUGCGACAUCGCCCAUCACACAAGAUGCUCCGCAAGACCUCUCCACGAUCCAGGAGACGCUACUAGAGCACCAAGACAUCUCCCUGUACGAACCAAAUGCCAACUACGAAGUCGAUCCCACGCAAACGACGACCACGACCCAAGCUGACGUGAAUUUCGGUGGACAACAAAAACGCGCCAAUGCCCAUUUGACGCCGCUCCCGAUGCCCCUGACGAAGAAACAGGGUGUUUCGGGCGAAUCGUGCGACACGCAACGCCAAAGUGCCACAGACAUCUCCAUACAAAAGUACGAGAAGGACUUUCGGUCGAAGCAGCUCAUCAAAGAUGCCAUCAUGGACAAUGACUUCCUCAAGCACAUCGAUAGCUUGCAGAUACGCGAGUUGGUGGAGUCGAUGUUCAGUCGGGAGUUCUCGACGGGCGAUUAUGUGAUACGUGAGGGCGAGGCGGGCGCACAUCUCUUUGUAUCGGCCGAGGGCGAAUUCGAGGUUAUCAAGAAUGGCACAAGUCUCGGCAAAAUUGGGCCGGGCAAGGCGUUUGGGGAAUUAGCAAUAUUAUACAAUUGUACUCGCACGGCAACAAUUAGAGCACUUACCAAUUCACGAGUAUGGGUACUCGAUCGUCGAAUUUUCCAGCACCUCAUGAUGCGCACGGGAAUCCAAAGGAUGCAAGAGAAUACGGCCUUCCUGAAAUCCGUGCCACUGCUUAAAAAUCUAAAUAACGAUGUACUUACAAAGAUUGCUGAUGUACUUGAAGUGGAAUUCUAUCCAGCCGGUACAUAUAUUAUUCGACAAGGAGCUAGCGGUGACACAUUUUUCCUCAUCAGCCAGGGAACUGUCAAAGUUACUCAACGUGUGCCAGGUGCCCAAAUUGAAGAAGAAAUCCGCAUUCUCGGUCGUGGCGAAUAUUUCGGCGAACAAGCGUUGAUCAAAGAGGACAAACGAACGGCAAAUAUCAUCGCGAUGUCUCCCGGCGUCGAAUGUUUGACGCUCGAUCGUGAUUCCUUCACGCAACUCAUUGGCAACUUUUGCGAGGAAAUUCACUUCAAGGACUACGGCGAUCAAAAACGCAUUUUUGCCUCGAAGGGCGAACUCAUUCAGCCAACGGCAUCCGCAACGCUGGGCGAAACGAAACAAGAGAUGCUCGACAUUGACUUGUGGGACUUGAAUGUGGUGGCGACACUGGGUAUCGGUGGUUUUGGUCGCGUGGAGCUCGUAAAAUGCGAGAAAAAUGGCAAUUUGAGGACUUUUGCGCUGAAAUGUCUCAAGAAGAAGCACAUUGUGGAGACGAAGCAGGAAGAGCACGUCUAUAACGAACGAAAAAUCAUGUUGUCGUGCAAGACGCCGUUCAUUUGUCGCCUUUAUCGCACGUAUCGCGACAGCAAGUACGUUUACAUGCUACUUGAGGCCUGUUUGGGCGGCGAAGUGUGGACUAUCUUGCGUGACAAGGGCAAUUUCGACGAUAACACGACACAAUUUAUCAUUGCAUGCGUUUUGGAGGCAUUUGAUUACUUGCAUUCGCGCGGAAUUGUCUAUCGCGAUUUGAAGCCGGAGAACUUGAUGCUCGACUCGAAUGGCUAUGUGAAAUUGGUCGAUUUUGGAUUUGCUAAGCACAUUGGACUCAGCAACAAAACGUGGACUUUCUGUGGCACGCCAGAAUACGUUGCACCGGAAAUUAUCUUGAAUCGAGGACACGAUCGUGCUGUUGAUUGUUGGUCUCUUGGUAUUCUGAUACAUGAACUUCUCACUGGAACACCACCGUUUGCCGCAUCCGACCCGAUGAAAACCUACAACUUGAUAUUGAAAGGCAUCGACAUGAUUGACUUCCCGCGACACAUGUCACGCACAGCCAUUAGUCUCAUCAAACGUCUUUGCAGAGACGCGCCCGCAGAACGGCUCGGCUACCAGAGAGCUGGAAUUCAAGAGAUUAAGAAACACAAAUGGUUUGCCGGCUUCGAUUGGGAUGGCCUCUCAAGCCUGACAUUACAGCCACCUAUUUUACCGAAAGUAACGGGACCCACAGACUCAUCCAACUUUGAUGAAUUCCCGAGCAAAACUGAAGUGCCUCCGGAUGAGACCUCUGGAUGGGAUUCCGCAUUUUAAAGCUCUUUAAUAAAAAAAAAAGAAACAGACGCAAUAACGCUAGAAAGUAAAGUAACAAGAGAAAAAUACUAAAUAGCUUUAAAUCGUAGCCUUUUUGGACAUUUUGAAUGUCAUCGCGGUGAAUUACAGCUCAAACGAUAGAAACAAAAGUGUCAAUAAUUUAAUAGUUUUUAAAUGUUUAUAAAUAUAUUUUUAUCUCUUUAAAUAUUUUAUUACCUAUCUUUUUACGAGAAACCAAAAUUUAUAUAUAUUUACAUGUUAUUUUCCAUUUCUUUUUAUUUUUUGUUGUUUAUUUUAGUCAAUAAAUAAAAUAUUUAAUCGUCAAAUCUCACCUAGAAGAAAAAAAAUUGCCGCCUUUGUUGUGACCAUAAAAGAAAAAAAUCAAGGCGAUUGGCAAUAAGCAAAAAUGUUUCAUUUAAAUUUUUAUAAAAUAUAUUUUUUUAUAAAAAAAAUUUUAAGAGUGCCUUAAAAAAAUAAAAAUAAAUAAAUUUAAUGAAACAUUUUUUCUCAUUGCUCGAAUUGCUUAUUUUGAUCAAAAAUUAUUGUUUUUAUUUUUUUGUAAUUUAAAAUUUAGAACAAAAAUGUAAACUAGUGUAU